AUGGAAUGGACACCUGGGGGACGCCGAUACAACGAAGAACGCUUCUUUUCAGUGACAGAUGGAAAUCGAAAGAAGCGCCGUGGACACGACGGAUUUCCUAUCCCGUCUACCAACGAAUACUGUGCGAAUCGAUGGACCUACAAAGAUUACACCGUCGCUGUGGUGUGCGCGUUGGGUUUUGAGAUGAGCGCAGUCCGCUACAUGCUUGACAAUGAACAUCCCCGUUUGCCCACCAAGCAAGGCGAUUCAAACCUAUAUGUCCUCGGCGAACUCAGCGGUCACAGUGUCGCGAUUGCCUGUCUGCCAGGUACACAAGGGAAAGGAGCCGCGGCAAUCGUUGCUAACAAUAUGCAACGCACGUUCCGAUCAAUCAAAUGGUGGCUUCUGGUGGGCAUCGGAGGUGGUGUGGCGAGCCCGACACACGACAUCCGCCUCGGCGAUAUUGUUGUGAGUAUGCCCGACAGUUCAUCUGGUGGAGUAGUCCAGUAUGACCUAGGGAAGGAUGUAGAGGAUGGCUUCACCCUUAAAGGAUUCCUCUGGCCACCCCCUGCCAUCUUGAGGAGCGCAGUGGAGUUGAUGCAAUCCGAUCACUUGACUAAAUCGAACAAAGUCAACACCUUCCUGUCGGAAAUGCUGCAAAAAUGGCCUCGCCUGGCAGCUUACCAACGGCCACCAGCAGAUUCCGAUGUCCUCUUCCAAGCGGAUUAUCCUCAUGUGCCUGGUCAGGCUACAUGCAGGAGUUGCGAAAGUACUCAGAUGGUUGAUCGGCCUGCACGUGGAUCUGAUAAUCCUAAGAUUCAUUACGGAUUGAUUGCGUCCGGGGACAGAGUCAUGAGGAGCGCUAGAAAGCGAAACAUGACGGGUCAAGGCAUUGGCGAUAUCCUCUGCUUCGAAAUGGAAGCAGCUGGCAUCAUGACGGAGUUUCCAUGCAUUGUCAUUCGCGGCAUCUCCGACUAUGCAGACUCUCACAAGAAUGAUAAAUGGCAGCACUAUGCGGCAGCGGCGGCAGCAGGGUGCGCGAAGGAGCUUCUUUCAUAUUUGAACCCAGAGGAUCGCCAAGUCCCGCCAAUCUUGACCCCUCGGCAGCCGUUGCACGGCGGGUUCAAUGUUAGUUGUGAGCUGCCUGGAAGUACCAACAUACCUAUACCUUGCGAGGGUUCCGCUGCCCAACGAAGCACGGUCUUAGGUCAGCAUCUGAGCGGUGGAAUCCUGCCUCUCAGUGAAGAGCGUAAACGGAUGCUUAUAGACUCAUUGAAAUUUGACCAGAUCGAUGCUCGCCAGAUGACCAUCAAAAAAGCACACGCAAAGACGUGCAGAUGGCUCCUUAAUAAGCCGGAGUACCGUGACUGGCUUGAUAACAAGAAGCUCGGCGAACAUCACGGCCUCUUGUGGAUGAAAGGGAAGCCUGGGACUGGCAAGUCAACAAUAAUGAAAUUUGCCCUUGCGGAUGCCCGGAAAACGAUGAAGGACACGAUAGUCAUGUCUUUCUUCUUCAACGCACGGGGAGAGGACUUGGAAAAGUCUACGUGUAUCUUCGACACUCCCGAGUUAAGGACGUGGAACAGCGGUGGACAUCGUCAGUGGGGUGUUGAGUUGCUGAAAGAUCUAUGCGAACAAGCAAUACUACGUCUUGAACAGUCUUCCCUGAUGUGUUUCAUUGACGCAUUAGACGAAUGUGCGGAACAUCAAGUGCGUGACAUGAUGUCCUUUUUUGAACAUGUCGGCGAACUCGCUGUUGAUGCUGGAAUUCGCUUCCGAGUCUUAUUUUCAAGCAGACACUACCCGUAUAUCACUAUAAAGAGAGGAAUGGAGCUGAUUCUAGAGGGCCAACCAGGCCACAUCCAAGACAUCACCGAUUACGUGAAUAGCGAGCUGAGAAUUGGGCACAGCAACCGCGCCAUGCAGAUCAGGAGUGAACUUCAGGAGAAAGCCUCUGGAGUUUUUAUGUGGGUUAUUCUCGUGGUGGAGAUACUCAAUAAGGAGUAUGAUCGAGGCCGUGUCCAUGCUCUUCAACAAAUACUCCACAGGCUCCCUGGCGACCUGCAUGACCUAUUCCGCGAUAUUCUAACCCGGGACAGCCAUAAUCGAAAUGAGUUACUGUUAUGCAUCCAAUGGGUGCUCUUCGCAAGACAGCCAUUGAAACCGGAGGAAUUGUACUUUGCCAUUCUUUCUGGCACUGAGCCAGGAGCCUUAACAGAGUGGAAUACCGAUGUGAUCACAAUUGACGUCAUCAGGAGAUUUAUUCUCGAUUCAUCCAAAGGACUGGCUGAAAUUACACGCUCCAUGGCUCCGACAGUCCAGUUCAUUCACGAGUCAGUUCGAGACUAUCUCCUCAAGGAAAACGGGCUCUGCAAGAUCCGGCCUGACUUUGGAAGCAACUUGCAAGGACAAAGCCAUGACCAACUUAAACACUGCUGCCUUACAUAUGUCAACGUCGAUGUCUCUAAACAUGUUGAUCUCAGCAAGCCACUAGCGAAAGCAUAUUCUAAGGAAGCUGCGAACCUCCGCGAGUCUGUUGCUAGAGCGUUUCCGUUCCUGGGGUAUGCCGUACGCAACGUGCUGUACCAUGCUGAUGCUGCUGAAGGUAGUGGUAUUGCUCAAGGAGAUUUUAUCCAGGGCUUUCAGCUUCCCUACUGGGUUCAACUCGACAAUCUAUUUGACGAACACGGAGUACACCAGCAUACACAAAAUGUGAGUCUACUGUAUAUCUUAGCGGAGGGCAAUUUGUCGAAUCUCAUCAGAGUUCACCCCGCUGUCCUAUCCUGUUUUGAAGUGGAAGAAGGAGAGUGCUACAAGUCUCCCUUUUUCGCGGCCCUUGCUACCGAAAACUGGAAAGCUCUCCAGUCACUUCUGCAAGCCUAUACGGCGAACAUGCACCCAGAAAGUCGACUGCGUCAGCUGUGCGACAAGUAUUGCCAGGGUGGAAGGAGACACAUUUACCUGGGACACAUUGACUUCUCAAACCACCGGACCGUCCUUAUACAUAUAGCAGGGCUUGACGAGGUGCUAUUUGCUUUUCUCCUUGAAACAAAGAAAUUUAUGCUGGACUCCAAGGACGAAUAUGGACAGACACUGCUGUCAUGGGCAGUAACGAUGGGAAAUGAGGCAUUAGCCAAGCUGCUACUGACAACAGAUCGCGUUGAUCCAAAUUCCAAGGAUUAUUCUGGGCGGACACCACUGUCAUGGGCAGUGACAACGGGAAAUGAGGCAAUAGCCAAGCUGCUACUGGCGACAGACCGCGUUGAUCCAGACUCUAAGGAUGUUUUUGGGCGGACACCACUGUCAUUAGCUGUGACAACGGGAAAUGAGGCAAUAGCCAAGCUGCUACUGGCGACAGACCGCGUUG